UUGUAUUAGUUUUGUGGAGCCAAUAAUGUCCGCUCCCGUGACAUAUCACAGAUACCUGCUGACCCUGAAGAUAUCGAUACCGCAACAUGCCUGGUUUGCGAACGUCGCCUCCGAAUUGUGCGAUAUGACAACCACGCAGAAUGAAGAAAGGUCAUGGUUACUCGAUGUCAGCGGACGACUUUAUGUUCAGUCUGCUGUGCACACAGGCGAAGCGCUCGGACCCUGGCUGGGAGCUACACUGCAUGUUAGAUAUCGAAGCAUGGAAGCCAACAUCGCCCCCGGCCAUACUCCGACUAUACUUGCUGCGAAGAUGUAAUGGGAAAGCACAUUGGUCGACUCAUAGCGCUCACAGCUUCAGAGGAAAGUUCGCUGGCACUUUUGUCGUCUCUCCCGUUCACAUCUUCGCUCCCAGCUAACCCUGCGACCAUGAACACGCCACCACCUCUUUCCGCCGACGCACGUCCCACAGAGAACGGUCAAGCCGCCCCUGCACGACAGGGUGAUCCUGAACGUCGCACUCAAAUCGCCCGAUAUGAUAUGUUGCGUACUUCGAGAUACGAGCUCCGUAAAACGCACAGGCCAGUCAUUGCGGAGAAGCUAAAGAAGAAAAAGCCUAUCAUCCUUGUAAAGCGUCACAUCGACUCCCGAGGACAGCUUGAGGGUACACAAUUGGAUAUCUAUCAUGAAGGCUUGCGGACUGUGUUACUGGAGAUCAAUAGGAAUGUUAGAGGGCUCGAGCUGACUGCCCGAACGCCGACGAUCGAUACAAACGUGUUAUUUCACUCCCACACGCAGCUGGAAGACAAGCUACGGGAGCUGGAAGAGGCUGAAGAUCCCCAGGAUCAAGACCUCGUCGAGGGGAUCCAAGCGGCUCUGCGCUUCGUCCGCGAAGAUCUCACCGGAACAAUACAGGACUACAACGCCCUCAUUAGCCAACAACAGAUCACAUUCGAAUAUCUUUGGGCUCUCUUCCGCCCAAACGUGUAUGUUUAUGCCUAUCACGAUGCCACGGACCAGCAUUUCGUCGCGCACGCGAGGAAGCUCACGUAUGGGAGGACGCAGACUGGUACAUAUGCCAAGGUAGAAUGCGAUAUUAUCGCCCGCGACUAUGUUGACUUCGGCCUGGCUUCUUACGACUUCGAAAUCCAACAAUUUGCUGGAGCGCGUUCCAUUCACGAACUGCCAGUAUAUCCUCUCGAGUAUUACCCAGGUCAUGAAGCUUUGUACCGCGACGCUGUUUCUCGAGGGCAGCGGUAUGCAGACCUACGCCUGCACUGCUAUCAGCACCAUGGCAUAGCCACAGUCCACGUCGACAGCGAGACGAACUUGAAGCUGACGAUCAACGAACGCAUUAUGAUCGACGUCGAGUCGUUCUUCGAAUUCGGGCAUCAGAGACGAUUUGCUCCCGAGGUCUACAGAGAACUCGACCCCGAACAACUAUCGGAGGAAGAACUUCUCAUCUGCACCCCAGUGGUUCUUGGUUUCUGCUUCACUACGAAAUUGUGGGGUGCUUUCGCAAUUGACAGAAUCGCCGAAGUGGACUGGUCGGAAGAACCAUUCGAGAGACUUGUUAUGGGAAAGCAAAAAAAGCAUCUCAUACGUUCUCUCGUCACGCAGCAUACCUCCCAGCAGAACUUCGACGACGUUGUUGCAGGAAAGGGCAGAGGGCUUGUUGGUCUGCUUUGCGGACCCCCCGGAUGUGGAAAGACCCUCACAGCGGAGGCGGUUGCCGAAAUCGCCAAAAAGCCUCUUUAUGCGGUCAGUGCAGGCGAGCUGGGCACUAGCCCUUUGAGUGCCGACAGCUCCUUGAGGAGGGUACUGCAGCUUGGGGAGCGCUGGGAUGCUGUUGUCCUCUUGGACGAAGCAGAUGUCUUUUUGCAGGAGCGAGACAAGACUGAUGUUUCUAGAAACGCCUUGGUCUCCAUCUUCCUCAGGCGGGUCGAGUAUUACCCGGGCAUCUUGAUUUUCACCACAAACCUGAUCAAGCAAAUCGACCCUGCUUUCGAAAGUCGAAUUCACUUCUGUAUGAUGUACUCUGAACUGGACUUCGCUUCCCGUAAACAGGUCUGGCGAACAUUCCUAGCCAAGGCAGGCAUUGCUGAUGCGGAGAUCGGCGAGCACAAUCUGGUGCGCCUCUCCCAGAAGCAGCUGAACGGACGCCAGAUCAAGAAUGCAGUCGGCACGGCAAAGUCUAUCGCGUCAGCCGAGAGCUCGAGGCUGGAGCUUAAGCAUGUGCUCACGGUCCUAGACGUUAUGCAGGACUGGAGAAUUGCGAAGUCCGAACGUACUUUGAAUCUUUAUCCCAUCGCCCUUGGUAUCGCCGGUAUCGUCUGUUCCCUGGUAUACCUACGGCGUCUUGGUGCCUCUCUUCCCUCUCUCUCUUAAACAUGUCCCGCCAUAGACAG